GGAGAAGGUGAAGGAAAGUAAAUAAACUGUGUAGGUGUAGGUUAGGAUUUAAACAUUAUAAAUAAUGUUUAUGUAGGUCUACGUAUAAUUUUGUCGAAUGGAAUUGAUAUACUAAUUGUGUUCAAUGUUUCCUAUUUUAGGAAUUUAAACAUUCUGAAAAGAUUUUAAUAUGAUUUGGUGUAGAUCAAAAAUAAAUAGACUUAAUAAUAAUGGCAUAAAAGUGAUUUUUUGUGUAUACAACAUAAGCACAUCAUCUCAAUUUUUAAAAGAAAGCCUUAAAAAUGCUAGUAACUUCAAAUCUAGUUCUCAAAAAUGGCUUCUUAGACAAAUAAAUGAUAGUUAUGUGAAAAAAGCAAAAGCUGAGCAUUACAGAUGUCGCAGUGCAUUCAAGCUGCUAGAGAUAAAUGAGAAGUACAAGAUACUCAGAUCAGGGCAGACUGUGGUGGAUCUCGGUUGUGCUCCAGGCAGUUGGACUCAAGUGGCUGUGAAAGCAACUAGAGCCAAUGUUCCAGGGUCAAAAUCGUUGGUGGUGGGAAUAGAUCUAUCUCCUAUCCACCCAAUAGAGGGCGCCACACUGCUGAAUGCUCUGGACUUCACAACAGACGGUGCUCGAGCGAGAAUGAUAGCUGCACUCAACGGCAGGCCAGUUAAUGUUGUGCUGAGUGACAUGGCCCCUUCUGCCUCCGGCAUCAAGUCCAUGGACCACUCCAACAUUAUCAAACUUUGCUACUCAGCCCUAACGUUUGCCAAGGAAACUUCUGCACAAGGCGGAUCUCUGGUGAUGAAAGCCUUUGAUGGUAGUGAGAGCAAACAACUGGUGACAGACGCCAAAACUGUCUAUGAGGCUGUGCACAUUAUGAGGCCUCAAGCAUCCAGGAAAGAGUCCAGUGAGAUAUUCUUUGUGUGUCUGAGGUACAAGGGGAUCACACCACCUCAACAAGGAACUGAUGAACACAACAGUGAUAUACAGAAUGUGAUGACACAUGGCAAUGACAGUGGUUCAGAUAGAGGCUUAUAGACCAGCAAGUGCGAUAUUGGGCAGUAAUUUAUUUGAUUGUUGGACUUUUACAUAUCAGGAUAAGCAUUUUCAAUAUAAAUCUGUUGCCCAAUA